AACUCUUUUCCUAACAAGUGAAGAUACACAUCAAUCAAUGGGUUGGACGUUGGAUAAAUUUAUAUGGGCACUUCUUGUUGAGUGCAUAUUCCUUUCUGGUUUAUCUCAUUCUGGUAAAGCCUCAAAGUACGCAUUUGUAAGAGAAGCAACAUCUGCUCCACCAUUCUUGUCUUAUGACUACAUUGUCAUUGGUGGAGGAACAAGUGGGUGUCCCCUUGCAGCAACUCUCUCACAGGGUGCAAGAGUUUUAGUCCUUGAAAGAGGAGGUUCUCCUUACACAAACCCAGAGCGAAUCCACCUAAAGAACUUUGUCAAUUCCCUCGCUGACAUAAGCCCUUCAUCUUUUUCCCAACCGUUCAUAUCCACAGAUGGGGUCCUCAAUGCCAGGGCUCGUGUUCUGGGUGGUGGCUCGGUGUUGAAUGCAGGCUUCUAUUCAAGGGCUAGCUCUGACUACAUAAGGAUUUCUGGUUGGAAUGAGUCUUUGGCUGAGGAAUCGUAUAAAUGGGUUGAAAAGAAAGUGGUUUUUGAGCCCCCUAUGCUGCAGUGGCAGUCAGCAGUGAGAGAUGGGUUGCUGGAAGUAGGCGUGUUGCCUUAUAAUGAAUUUACUUAUGAUCACUUAAAUGGGACGAAGAUUGGAGGGACAAUUUUUGAUAAGAAGGGUAACAGGCACACUGCAGCUGAUUUGUUAGAGUAUGCUGAUCCCAAGAACAUUUCUGUUUAUCUCCAUGCCACAGUGCAGAAGAUACUAUUUAGAUAUAACACAGGAAAAAGAAGACCAGAAGCUUAUGGAGUAAUAUUCAUAGAUGCAAUGGGAGUGAUGCAUAGAUCAUACUUAAACAGAAAAGGAAAGAAUGAGAUAAUCUUAUCAGCUGGGGCAAUUGGAAGCCCACAGUUGUUGAUGCUGAGUGGGAUUGGUCCUGCUAAACAUCUGCAGGCUCAUGGAAUCACGGUGGUUUUGGAUCGGCCCUGGGUGGGUCAAGACAUGGCAGAUAAUCCAAUGAACGUUCUGGUGGUUCCUUCCCCUUUGCCUGUUGAAGUCUCUCUGGUCCAAACAGUGGGCAUCACAAAGUCUGGUAGCUUCAUUGAAACAGGCAGUGGAUUAAGUUUGGGCCCUUCUUGGUCUGAAAGACUUCAAAAGAUUUUUGAAUUUGUGUCAAACCAGUCUGGUCAGCCUUCGACGUUUUCCUCAGAAAACACGCAGAGGGUUGCAGACUUGGUUAGAUUUUUAACGGGUCCAACUCUGAAAGGAGGAAUCAUUAUUGAAAAGAUCACAGGACCACGAUCCACAGGUCAUUUGGAGCUCAUAACCACAAAUCCUAGUGAUAAUCCAUCAGUUACUUUUAAUUAUUUCAAGGAUCCAGAGGAUUUGAGAAUCUGUGUUGAAGGCAUGAAAACCAUCAUUGAUGUGGUAAACUCAAAAGCAUUAUCAAAGUUCCGGUACCCCAACUUGCCAGUCCAAGCUCUAUUGAACUUGAUGUUGCUGAUACCAAUGAACUUGAGGCCAAAACAUGUCAAUACUGCUUAUUCUUUACAACAGUAUUGCAUAGACACUGUGCUAACAAUUUGGCAUUACCAUGGAGGGUGCCUCACUGGUAAAGUUGUUGAUCAUGAUUAUAAGGUUAUUGGGGUCGAAGCUCUGAGGAUAAUUGAUGGAUCCACCUUUUAUCGCUCACCUGGGACUAAUCCUCAAGCCACCGUCAUGAUGCUUGGAAGGUAUAUGGGAGAACAAAUUAUAAACAAAAGAUUCUCCGGUUGACAGAAAAGUGAAGGGAUCAAUUGAGCGCAUA